AUGGCUGCGGCGGGUUGGGAACCUCGAGAACAGGAAACCCUCAGCUUCCCUUCCGAAGCCCGCGCCCUCAUCACCCCCUAUCUACCCCCUUCCACGCCCACCACCCAAACCCUGCAAGAGCCGCGAAAAUACCCGCACGUAACUCUGACCUACGCACAGUCCCUAGACACAUCCCUGGCCCUGGCCCCGGGAGUCCGCACGGCGCUGUCCGGCCCGCAGUCCAAGGCCAUGACCCACUUCCUGCGGGCGCACCACGACGCCAUCCUGGUGGGCGCCGGCACGGCGGUUGCGGACGACCCGGGGCUGAACUCGCGCUUGCUGGAUCCGAGACGGCAGCCCAGGCCGAUCGUGCUGGAUCCGCGCGGGAGGUGGUCCGUGCAUGAAGGGAGUAAGGCUGUCCGGGUUGCGAGGGCGGGCAAGGGCCUGGGGCCGUGGGUGCUGGUUGCGGGCGAUCAUGGGGAUGGGACAGGAGUGGUGGUGGAUGAGGCGCGGCGGAGGGUGGUGGAAGAAGUCGGCGGUAAGUAUAUCCCGCUUGAGGCGAGGGCGGAAGGCGGGAGGUUUGAGUGGGUGGAUGUGCUUGGCUUGCUGAAGCGGGAGGGGUUGGAGAGCGUGAUGAUCGAGGGGGGAGGUGAAGUGAUCAACUCGCUGCUAGCGUCACCGGGCAACGGGCUGGUAGACUCGGUUAUUGUGACAAUUGCGCCGACUUGGCUGGGUCAAGGUGGCGUGGUGGUGUCACCGGCGAGGACUGUUGGGGAGCAUGGUCAGCCGGCACAGCCGGUAAGGUUGACAGGUGUGAAGUGGUGUCCGCUGGGAGAGGAUGUGGUGCUGUGUGGGAGGAUCCUGAGGUGA